AUGGCUGGCGGCGGCGGCGGCGGGGCUCGCGGUUCCGACAGGGCGGGGGCGGCGCGCUCGCCCACCACCACCACGGCGAUCCAGUCCACCAUCCAGUCGAUCAAGGAGGUCGUCGGCGGCCACUCCGACGCCGACAUCUUGGACACCCUCCGCGAAUCCAACAUGGACCCCAACGAGACGGCGCAGAAGCUGCUUAACCAAGACCCAUUUCACGAAGUGAAAAGAAAAAGGACAAGAAGAAAGAGUGCUGGCCAGAAGAGCUUUGCUGACAGUACUGCACAAGUUGAGCAGAACUCACAAUGGAUGAAGCCACACACACAAAGGAUGGAAAAUGAUCAAAGAAGAACUCCCAAUCAGGGUCAGAUGUCAGGCCCUAGUCGUGAAUUUCGGGUUGUGAGGGACAACAGAUUUCAACAUGGUGUGGUGGAGAACAGACCAGAACUAGGACACAAAGGUUCAGCAAAUGUACAAAUGUCUGAUAGGAGUACCGUUCAGUCUGGUCGAAACCGCUCACCUGCUACAACCUCAGACUGCCAGAUCACACAUCAAAAUGCUACGCAGAACUCCCACUCUGACACAACUCAAGGGAAGAGGGAUGGUCAAGGUACUACACAGAAGCAUGCGAGGCCAUAUUUGAAGAACUCUCAGAACGAGCAGCAUUUUCCAGGUUCUGACCCAGCUCAUGGGUCAGCCAAUGUUAGAAUUGCUGGUGGAACUGUUGGACCUGCUCGACGUCAUGUUGGAGUUAUUAAUUCUACUAGGCAAUUUGCUGGCCGUUCGGGUUCUCAGAUGCAUGCGCCAAGUGGUUCUUCUGAUGCAAAUAUUCAGAGGGGGAGUUUUACCUCAGUAGGGGCAUCUGGGCGUUACCCAGCCUUUAUGUCUAGAAACAUUCAACAAAACCAGAGACCUGAUACAAUAUUUCGUGUAAGGCCCACUGGUAGAUCUUUUGUUGCACAAAACAUCAACAGGUAUCACCAGGGUCCUACUAGCAACCAAAAAGCAGUACACCCUGUUAAGGAGUGGAAGCCAAAAUCGACAAAGAAGUCACCCGCCACCGAUGCAGAUAACAAUAUAGCUGAUGCUGCAUCUCCUUCAGCUAGCAACUGUGAAAAUGCUAACGCAUCAGAUGUAAACAGGUUGUCUGAGAAACUUUCACAAGCUAACUUGCAUGAGGUGGAGCAUGUUAUUAUUCCGGAACAUCUUCGUGUGCCAGAAUAUGAGCAGACAAAGUUAAGGUUUGGCAGUUUCACAUCUGGCUUGGAUUCGGAACAAGUACCUGCCUCGGCCCCACAAGACACUGAGCAACCAGAACAUUUACAAGAAUCAGUUCAACAGGUCAGUGAAGAUGAUAGUUUGGAUGCUGGGCAUGAUGACAUGGAUGAGCAAGCUAGAUCUUCACAACAACUGUCCACGUCAACGGCUGAGAUUUCCUUGCCCCCAUCUGAGGAUAGUGAUCGGAUGAGUGGGCAAGUAGAGAAUGAUGAUGGCCUGGGCUUAGUUCAGAGUGACACUCCAGUUGGAGCAGCAGAUGGUGACAGUACCCAAAUCACCUCGACUUUGACUCCUUUUUCGGCUUAUGGUCAUGAAGAUCCUAAUAUGCAUACAACCAAUGAGGCCCAGUUAUAUGGACUGGUGGAGGCUAAUGUACAUCCGCAAGUAUUAGCUUCCUCUUCUCAGGGGUACACUUCAGAAAAUCCGGAAGCAGAUAAUGCUGUGCAAGUCUUCAGGAUGCCAGAACCUAAUGUUCACUCACAAGUUCUCCCUUCCACAUCUGAGGCCCUAAAUCCACAGAUUGUGAGCAACAGCCCUGUUCCCAUCUCUUCACAGCAGCAGCAUAUCUCUCAGCAACAAGCUGCCGCACAGAUGUACCCUCAAAUGCAUCUGCAACAUUUUCCAAAUUUCAUGCCAUAUCGACAACUCUAUUCUCCAGUUUAUCCCAUGCCUAUGCCAAACUAUUCGCCAAAUGUCCCUUAUCCAUCGAAUGGAAAUAAUUAUCUUCAGAUGCCCAGUGGAGGUUCACAUUUAACUGCAGGAGGCGUGAAGUAUGGAGUUUCACAGUAUAAACCAGUCCCAUCUGGUAACCCUUCUGGCUACGGAAAUUACACUCAUCCAGCUGGUUUUACAAUGGGUUCUCCGGGUGUUAUUGGAGCUGCAGUUGGUGUUGAUGAUGUCAAUAGGAUGAAAUACAAGGACAACAUUUAUGCCUCAACUCCACAGGUCGAGACAUCUGACAUCUGGAUUCAGCCAGCUAGAGAGAUGCCACCUUUGCAGGUUCCUUCAUAUUACAACAUACCAGGUCAAGCAACGCCUGGUGCUUUUGUGCCAAAUCCAGCAAAUGCAUCUUUCAAUGCUACAGCUCAAUCCUCUCACGCGCAGUUCCCAGGCUUGUACCAUCCUCAGCAGCCUCCCUCUAUUGUAAGUCCGCACCCCAUGGUGCAUCAACAGGUGCCAUCGGCCAUUGGUCCCAAUGUUGGGGUCGGGGUGGCAGCUCCAGGCCCGCAAGUUGGGGCUUAUCAGCAACCACAGCUUGGUCAUAUGAAUUGGAGACCCAGCUUUUGA